AUGAGCUCAAGUACAUUUCUGAAGUGGAUGAUUGUUGUGGGAGGUUUCCUUUCAUACUUUUUGGCUGAUGGAUGUACGUAUUCGGCGGGCAUUUUGUUCACCGAAUUUAAGGACAUAUUUCACGCAGGCGCAACAGCCACCUCACUAUUGCCGGCACUGGUCUACGCCAUCCCGCAGUUUAUGUCACCCUUCAUAUGCCCAUUCACAGCUAUUGUGGGGUAUUCAACAGCAGCUGCGUGGGGAGCACUCUUCCUAUGUAUUAGCUUCAUUGUUACCUCUUUGGCGCAGGAAAUCAUUCUCACGUACUUUGCGUAUGGCGCUUUGCUGUCGCUUGGUUUGCAACUGACCUAUACAGCCGCAUUUAUGGCCGUCGUUUCUACAUUCAAGGAUAGCAAAUGGCUCGGAUUGGCGUGUGGUGUGAUGGUGUGUGGUGGAGGAAUUGGAGCCUUUGCUACGAAUCAUCUACUGAGCUGGAUCCUCUCAUUCUGGACAUGGCGCGAGGCUCUCAUUCUGCAGGGCGGUAUUUUUCUCCAUGCCUGGAUCUCCGCCUCCCUCUUCUACUGGUUAGACGAAAGAGCCACAAUUCAGAGCGAGUGGGAGAAAUACGAGUCACAUCUCGAAAUGCGAGAGGUGGAUGGUGCGACCGUUACAGUUGCUCCGGUGUACCGAAGGGUGGUGGUGGAUCGACUGAAGAGUCUGUGGUAUUUGUGCCCCAUCUUCAUGAUCCUGACACCGACGCGGCACCGACCGCGGGCGCAGAGGCGUGACUACAUGAAGACGCGACCUACGGAGGCCCCGGGCGCGCAAGCGAGGGAAUUUUGCCGUCAACUGCACAACAGUCUUUCUUGCCUUUUCUCCCCUGCCGUGUGGACUAACGCGCCCUUCCUCAUCUACGUGCUGACCAACGGGCUAGCUGCAGCGGGUGUUGUCAUUCCUUGGACCUUCGUCUACGAUUAUGUCCGUACUCAGUGGCUCACUGGCCUCGAGUCUACUUCUUGCCUCAGCACCUUGGCACAAACCCAACUUGCAUGGUACCCUUCCCUUAUCGGCCUGGGUUCUUGUGCUGUCAAUGAGGCAAUUCAAGUUCAACGAGGUACUGUACCGAUGGGCGCACUGCUGCAUUUUUUUCGGAUACCACCUCUACCUGUGCAGUUGGCUUAG